AUGAAGACAAAUGUGGCAGGUCAUGAAGGGGUAGGAAAAGUGGUUGCAGUUGGUGAUGGCCUUGAUCAUUCUCAAUGGAUGGGUCAAGCAGUGGGGAUAAGGUGGCUGUAUAGCUCUUGUCUCGAAUGUGAGAUCUGCGAAAUCAAUCAUACGGCAUGUCCUAACCAAAAGAAUGCCGGCGCAAAUGUUCCGGGUACUUUUCAACAAUACAUCGUUAGCCCCGCGAUUCAUGCCACAAAGAUUCCACCUGGACUUUCUCUAGACCUGGCGGCUCCUCUUCUCUGUGCUGGUAUUGCGAUGUACUCCUCGAUCAAAAAGACCAAGACUCGGAAGGGUGACUGGCUUGCUAUCCUUGGUGCCGGUGGAGGCUUAGGACAUAUGGGAAUCCAAAUUGCAGCUAAGCAGGGCCUAAAAGUCCUCGCGAUCGAUAUGGGCGACGAGAAGAGAGACCUAUGUCUGUCACUUGGGGCCACUGAAUUCCUGGACUUCCGCAAUGUCGAUAUUGUUGAAAGUGUCAAGUCGCUCACAUCCGGUCUGGGUGUUCACGCUGUGAUUUGUACCGCCAAUGGUGAGGCAGCUUAUCAACAGAGCAUGCAAAUGCUUCGGCCACUCGGUACCCUUGUUUGCGUUGGGAUUCCCCAUACCCAAUUCUUGCUCCCAACUUCCCCUUUCGAGAUGAUAGUCAAAGGCCUCACAAUUGUGGGGAACUCUGCCGGUACUGCCGCUGAAAUGAAUGAAUUGUUGGCGAUGGCAGUCAACGGUGAUGUGAAGGCGCAUAUCGAGAUCUUUGAAUUGAAAGAUAUUGUCGACGUCUUGCAGCGGCUUGAGAGCUCUGAGAUCAAAGGAAGGGCUGUGUUGAGGAUUCCUGAAUGA